AUGGAUCAUCAUCAUGAAUUUGGUGACAUGUUUGAAAUUUGGGGUGGGAGAAAACGACUCGUAUUUCUCUCUAAUCGAUCUUUAAUUGAAAAAAUCUAUACUCCAAACGUAAAUAAUAAAUUCUUUGCAAGAUUGCAAGUUCCAUAUUUGGAAAAGAUUGGAUUACAGCAUGGUUUAGUAUUUAAUAAUGAUUAUCAGAUCUGGAAACGAAAUAGGAAAUUAGUUGUUCAAGCACUUAAGUCACCUAGAUUCCUGAGACAAUUCACUAAACUUGUACAAUCAUCAUUUAAUGAAAAUGAAAGUUUCUGGGAUAAAAAGGAAUACCACUUUGAUUUCGCUAAAUGGAUAAAACAUUUUACAACCGACAUCACCUUACGAACCACCACAAGUAGUCCUUCUUAUUGUCUUCAUGCAUACUUGUUCGGUGAAGAACACGUUGAUCCAAUCAAAUCCGAAGAAAUUAAAAAAUCUAUUAAAUUAAGUCAUGCGGAACAGAAUUCCAUCAUCAUCACAAUCAAGGUUCAUUUCACCGAAGGCAUGUCUGUAGGUUUUGUGCUACCAUUGGAAUUAAAUUGUACGUUCAGGGAUAUUAUCACAUUCAUCAACGAUUUGAAAAUGAGAAUCUCGGUUGAGUUGAACAUUUUAAAACCACAACUGAACAGACCUGUAAUAUAG